AUGGAUGAGAUUGCCCCCGAGUACGAUGUCGUUGUUCUGGGAACAGGUCUGACUGAAUGCGUGCUCUCUGGAGUGCUCAGUGUCAAGGGCAAGAAGGUGUUGCACAUUGACCGCAACGAUCACUAUGGAGGAGAAGCAGCCUCGGUCAACAUCGAGACGCUCUUCAAGAAAUACGGAAACUACAACCAGGGCGAGGAGCCAUGGAAGAAGUACGGACGGGUGAACGACUGGAAUAUCGACUUGGUUCCCAAGCUUCUCAUGUCCAGUGGGGAGUUGACCAAUAUCCUUGUGUCCACCGACGUUACCAGAUACCUCGAGUUCAGACAGGUGGCAGGAAGCUAUGUGCAGCAGGGUGCUGGUACGAAAGCUGCCGUUGCAAAGGUACCUUCAGACGCGGGUGAAGCUCUCCGGUCCUCCUUGAUGGGCAUUUUCGAGAAGAGACGGAUGAAGAGCUUCAUUGAAUGGAUUGGAACCUUCAGCGCUGAAGAUUCUGCUAGCCACAAAGGCCUCAACAUUAACACAUGCACAAUGAAGGAUGUCUACGACAAGUUUGGCCUCGAGACCGGCACUCGGGACUUCAUCGGCCACGCCAUGGCCCUCUAUCAAACCGACGCCUACCUCACCAACCCAGGCCAAGCCCCCGAGGCCAUCGAGCGUAUCCGCCUGUACGGAAACUCCGUCUCCAGAUACGGAAAGUCGCCAUAUAUCUACCCUCUCUACGGUCUCGGCGAGCUGCCCCAGGGCUUUGCCCGCCUCUCCGCUAUCUACGGAGGAACAUACAUGCUGAAUACCAACAUCGAUGAGGUUAUCUACGAUGGGAGCAAGGCGGUGGGCAUCAAGGCCACCAUGGAAGACAGAGGUGGAGAGGCACCAAUGAAGUUCGAGACUAAGGCAAAGAAGAUCAUCGCUGAUCCGUCGUACUUCCCUGGCAAGGUCCAGGUUACCGGCCAUGUCCUCAAGGCCAUCUGCAUCUUGAACCAUCCGCUCGCUGGGACUGACAACAGCGAUUCCGCACAGUUGAUCAUUCCCCAAUCGCAAGUUGGACGAAAGAAUGAUAUCUACAUCGCCGUCGUGUCUAGCGCCCACAGCGUCUGCCCUAAGGGCUACUACAUCGCCAUCGUCUCGACUAUCGCCGAGACAUCCGCUAACCACCAUCUCGAACUCGCGCCCGGUUUCGAGCGUCUCGGCAAGAUCGAGGAGAAGUUUAUGGGCCCACCAAUUCCUCUUUACGAGCCACUCGAGAGCGGCUCUAACGACAACAUUUUCAUCUCCAAGAGCUACGACGCGACAUCCCACUUCGAGACCACCACCGACGACGUCAAGGAUAUCUACCGCCGGGCUGAAGGCCACGAGCUUGUUGUUGAGGGGUUGAGGGAGGGCACGAAUUUGGUUGGUGAGGAUAACUAG